CUCUCUGUGAAAGUACUACGUCGUAAAAUAAUGUUUUUUUAGCAGACAGUGUGACUGACACAUUUGCUUCUAAAAAUUUACCAGUAGCAUAGAGAGAGAAACAGUUCCGGUGAGAGAGAGAGUUUGAUUUUUGAAUGUGACCGUGAUUACUAUAUUUAUCAUGUUCUCUCGUGUCUGCUAGUGUGUUCAUUCAAACUUGACCUGCUUAGCUUCGUGGUUUUUUCUUUUUUAUUUGUUUUUUACACUGAUUUCGACCGUUUGAUGUCGGUUUCUCUAUAUUCAAACAAAAGCGAAUUCUGGGCAUUUCUCAUUUCUGCUUGCACAAAGUUUGAGUCUUGAAGGCAGAUAUCGUGCUUGCUUUGAGUUCUUGUUUCAACUGAGAGAGAAAAGGGGAGAAAAGUUUGAAGAUCAAGCUGCACGGUGGGUUGUUGCUUUCUGGAGAGAAAUGACAAGUUCUGAUUCCUGAGGCUUAAAGAAACAGGAAGGGCUUUGAAUUGUAGAGGUCUUUGAAUGUUGACGAAGGUCAAGGCAAAUUGAGUUGUUGCAGCUCUGGUAACCAAUUUGAUCCAUACACAUUAGAAAUCAUGGUGGAAGAUAGAGGGAAAGAAGUUUUGGUUGAUAUUCAAUCAGUUGAAGACUGGUUAUCUCAUGCGCAAGAGCUUGUUCCUGUGGCCCUUGACAAGGCCAGGGAGGUUAAGGGCUUUCCUGGUAGAUGGAAGAUGAUAAUUUCCAAGUUGGAGCAGAUCCCAUCGCGUUUAUCAGACUUAUCAAGCCACCCUUGCUUCUCCAAGAACGCUCUUUGCAAGGAGCAAUUGCAGGCUGUGUCGAAGACGCUCAAAGAAGCAAUUGAAUUGGCAGGCUUAUGUAUGGGUGAGAAUUAUGGGGGUAAGCUUAGGAUGCAGAGUGAUCUUGAUGCGUUAUCUGGUAAAUUGGAUUUGAAUUUACGAGACUGUGGGCUUUUGAUUAAGACUGGGGUGCUUGGCGAGGCUACUUUGCCUUUAGCUGUGGCUAGCUCAUCAACAGAACCCGAUGCUGCUAUUCACAGCAAUACAAGGGAAUUGCUUGCCCGGCUUCAGAUUGGGCACUUGGAGGCGAAGCACAGAGCUCUUGAUACACUUGUUGAGGUCAUGAAAGAGGAUGAGAAGGCUGUUUUAGCUGUUUUGGGGCGGAGCAACAUUGCUGCUUUAGUCCAGUUGUUAACAGCAACUUCUCCUCGUAUUCGAGAAAAGACUGUUACUGUAAUCUGCUCACUUGCAGAAUCUGGAAGCUGUGAGAAUUGGCUUGUUUCAGAGGGUCUUCUGCCACCUCUCAUAAGGCUUGUUGAGUCAGGUAGCACUGUGGGUAAAGAGAAGGCUACAAUUUCUCUCCAGAGAUUGUCAAUGUCAGCAGAAACAGCCAGGGCAAUUGUUGGUCAUGGUGGGAUUCGACCACUGAUUGAGAUCUGUCGAACUGGUGAUUCUGUAUCACAGGCUGCUGCUGCUUGCACAUUGAAGAAUAUCUCAGCUGUCCCUGAGGUUCGGCAAAAUCUAGCAGAAGAGGGAAUCGUGAAGGUAAUGAUCAAUCUCCUAGACUGCGGGAUUUUACUGGGAUCAAAAGAAUAUGCAGCAGAAUGCUUGCAGAAUCUCACUGCCAGCAAUGACAGUCUGAAAAGAGCUGUUAUUUCAGAAGGUGGAAUUCGAAGCCUAUUGGUAUAUCUUGAUGGUCCACUACCCCAAGAAUCUGCAGUUGGGGCAUUAAGGAAUUUGGUUAGCUCAGUUUCUACAGAAAUGCUGAUAUCUUAUGGUUUCCUCCCCCGUUUGGUUCACGUGCUCAAGUCUGGAUCACUGGGUGCCCAGCAAGCUGCUGCAUCUGCAAUUUGCAGGGUUUGCACAUCAUCAGAGAUGAAAAAAUUAGUGGGGGAAGCUGGGUGCAUCCCUCUUCUUAUCAAAUUACUCGAGGCUAAAUCAAACAGUGUUAGAGAGGUUUCUGCACAAGCAAUCUCGAGUCUGGUGUCCCUUUCACAGAAUCGAAGAGUAGUUAAAAGGGAUGAUAAAAGUGUGCCAAAUCUAGUGCAAUUGCUCGAUCCAAUCCCACAGAACACUGCAAAGAAAUAUGCUGUAGCUUCCCUUGCAUCCCUUGCUUCGACUAAGAAAUGUAAGAAGUUGAUGAUUUCAUAUGGAGCAAUUGGAUAUCUCAAGAAGCUUACUGAGAUGGACAUCCCGGGCUCAAAGAAGCUACUUGAGCGACUAGAAAGAGGAAAAUUAAGAAGUUUGUUCAGUAAGAAAUAGAGAGAAACGAAAAUCUACUUUUGUAUGAUAACUUCUCUUCCCCUUUUCCUUCAUCUAUUCAGUGUUUCAUUUUCUGUAUGAAACAAACUAGUCAACGACAAGCUGGGGCACUCAAAAGUGUGGCUAAUCUAUGCAGUUAAUGUUCUAUUUAUAAAAAUAUAUAAGAAUCCUCGAAUGCCAGCUUCUUUA